GAUGUGGAGACUUCUUCAAGUGUUCAACUUCAAAUUUCAUGCUUUUUUCCGGUGAUAAUAAAAGUCUCUCAAGUCUCAACUAAGCUCAAAUAAUAAUACUCGCCGCAAAAGAAAUUAAACGGACAAGAUGCUUCGGCGGGCCAAAUCUCCGAUGAUCUUUAUCAGCAUCUCGACAAGAGCUGCUGUUUUCUUCUCUUGCUUCUUAGCAGUGGCGGCUGCCGCUAUGGGACAGCAAGAGCAGACGAACCAGUUCGCUGGAGCGAUCGAGAACGGAAAAGUAUUAAACCUUGAUGAAUCGAACUUCGAUGCCGCUAUUUCAACCUUCGAUUACAUCUUCGUCGAUUUCUACGCCCCUUGGUGUGGCCACUGCAAGCGUCUUGCACCGGAGUUAGAAAAAGCUGCCCCUGUUCUUGCUCGAUUGAAGCAGCCUAUUGUUGUUGCGAAAGUUGAUGCUGACAAAUACCGAAAACUUGCUUCUAAGCACGACAUUGAUGGGUUUCCAACCUUGAAGAUAUUUGUACAUGGGGUUCCUACAGAGUACUAUGGACCAAGGAAAGCUGAUUUACUAGUUCGAUUUUUGAAGAAAUUUGUUGCCCCAGAUGUUGCCGUUCUCAGUUCUGACUCUGCUAUUUGGGAGUUUGUUGAAGCAGCUGACACUCAUUUUCCUAUAUUCAUAGGAUUUGGUUUGGAUGAGUCCAUGAUGUCCAAUGUGGCUGUCAAGUACAAGAAGAAGGCUUGGUUUGCUGUGGCGAAAGAUUUUUCAGAUGAAAUUAUGGCCUUCUAUGAUUUUGACAAGGUGCCUGCUGUAGUCUCACUUCUUCCAGAGUACAGCGAGCAGAGUAUAUUCUAUGGCCCAUUUGAAGAGCAUUUCUUUGAGGACUACAUCAAACAAAGUUUGUUGCCUCUAGCUUUGCCAAUAAAUCAAGAGACACUGAAGUUGUUAAAGGAUGAUCAGAGGAAGAUUGCUUUAACAAUUGUUGCGGAUGAGUCGGACGAAAAAUCCAGGGAUUUAGUCAAGUUGUUGAAAGCUGCAGCUUCGGCAAACCGGGAUUUGGUAUUCGGUUAUGUUGGUUUCAAGCAAUUUGAGGAGUUUGCUGAAUCCUUUGAAGUCAAUAAGAGAACUCAAUUGCCAAAAAUGGUUAUUUGGGAUGGAAACGAGGAAUACUUCUCAGUUAUUGGAUCAGAAAGCAUCAAGGAAGUUGAUCAGGGAUCACAAAUAACUCGAUUUCUUGAAGGAUAUCGAGAAGGGAGUGUUAUCCAGAAAAAUAUUAGUGGUCCUUCUUUUAUGGAUUUUUUAAGGUCAUUCUUGGGAAUGAGAACUGUUCUUAUCAUAAUUUUCAUUGUUUGCAUGUUUAUUUUAAUCCUUGCACUCAAUAAAGAGGAACCUCUAAGGGUUGGUACAAGAGAGGAUGCAGAUCAUGAUAGCCGCUCAACCUCUCAACCAGAUAUUCGAGAACUACGUCGGGAUGGGGACAAGGAAGAUUAAUCUAAGCUAAUGCUAGAUGUAACUUGAUUCAGUGGAAUUCAAGGCUUGAGGACAACAUACCAGGUAAAGAGAAUCUUGAAAGAAGUCCCAAUGAACCUGGGUUCAAUGAACAAUUAUUGAUGAGUUUACAAGUUAAAUGACAUGAUUUUGAGGAUUUCGUAGCUUAUGAAGAACUAUAUAUAUUGUAGCGUAUGAAGAACUAGAUAUUUAUGUUAUGUGCUUGAUUACAUGUAAGGUUCUUUAAUUCAAUUGCAAAUGCAUCUCGCACCUUGUUGUUUUCUUGAUA